AUGGCAUCUAGCUCAAUGUCUGCCACUGGCUCAUGGAGUGCCAAGGACAACAAAGCCUUUGAAAGGGCUCUAGCUGUAUAUGACAAGGACACUCCUGACCGUUGGUACAAUGUUGCUAAGGCUGUUGGUGGAGGGAAGACCCCAGAGGAGGUGAAGAGGCACUAUGAACUCCUCCUCAGGGAUGUUAGGCACAUUGAAUCAGGGCAAGUGCCAUUCCCAAAUUACAAGCAAAGUGGAGGUUCUGAAGAGGAGAAAAGGCUCAGAAACAUGAAGCUCCAGUGA